AUGAGUUUCGCCAUAGUAUGCAUGGUGACAGAGAGGAGCGCAAAUUUCUUAAAUGGAACUAAUGCGACGAUAGAUGGCGCAGUGAACACCGAAAACAGUACUUCUGGCCAUCAUGACCAAAUUGGGAUGCUAGCCAUUAGAGAUUCUAGUGGAAAGAAUGAAGGUGAAUUCGACUGGGAUAAAAACCUCAGAGGCACCAUAUUGAGUUCGUUCUUCUAUGGGUACAUAUGCACCCAAAUAUUUGGUGGCUGGCUGGCGGGAAGAUAUGGCGGGAAACACGUGUUCGGCACAGCGAUGGUGAUUGUGUUAGUGAUGACGGUUGUGACGCCGAUUGCGGCCAGGACACAUCCAUCACUUUUGAUAGCAGCCCGUGUACUUUUGGGGCUGGCAUCCGGGGUUAUAUUCCCGGCAAUGCAUGCGAUGUGGGGGAAAUGGGCGCCGCCAUUAGAGAGGAGUAGGCUGAUGACCUUCUGUUACUCAGGUCCAUUUGUCGGGGUCAUUGUCUCUUUCUCAUUCUCUGGGUUACUCUGUGAGAUUCAGUUGGACAACGGAUGGCCGUUUAUUUUCUACGUUUAUGGUGGCCUCUGUUUCAUCUGGUUAUGCGGGUGGUACUUGCUCGUGUUUGACUCCCCCGCCAGUCACCCAAGAAUAAGCCAAGCGGAGAGAGAGUACAUAGAGACAACCAUUGGUCAUCAACCAGGAGAACAGAAAGUACCAGUCCCAUGGUUAGCAAUUGCCAAGUCCCCAGCAGUCUGGGCCAUAAUUGUGACGCACACAUGUGACAAUUGGGGCCUUUUCACCCUGUUGACCAGUCUACCUAUCUAUAUGAAAGAAGUUCUGGCGUUUGAUAUUAAAGAGAAUGGAUUGUUCUCCUCUUUGCCUUAUGCAGCGAUGAUCUUCGGUAUCAUCGUGUGUGGUCAAGUCGCAGAUCAGCUGAGACAGCGUGUCAUACUUGACACAACGUGGACCAGGAAACUUUUUCAGUCAAUUGGAGGAUUUUUGCCUGCAGCUUUUAUGUUUGCCACAGCCUUCGUAGACUGGGACACCAGGAUGCUUGGCGUGGCCUUUAUAACUCUGGCAGUGGCCUUCUCAGCGGGUGGCAUAGCAGGCAACCAGAUUAACCACGCAGACAUUGCUCCUAGGUUUGCUGGUGAAUUAUUUGGUAUCAGCAACACUGUUUCUGCUCUCCCGGGCAUAAUUUCCCCCAGUGUGGCCAGUGCUCUUACGCCUAAUGGUACAAGGGAAGAGUGGCAGCGUGUUCUCUUCAUAAGCUGUGGUAUCUACUGUUUUGGCGCGCUGUUUUUUCUGAUAUUUGCCAGCGGCGAGGAGCAGCCGUGGAACAAACCGGAUAAUCUGAGUCCCCAAGACGAACAAAAGGAAAAGAAAGAGGCAAAAGUUAACGAUGACGAGCAUGUGACAGUGUAA